AUGCUUAGGUCCCUGCCAGGCCAUGGCUAUCGGUAUGCACUCACGCCCACUCGUUCCACUUCCGCCUCCCGGCUGCUCGGCCCGACACGAACGGCCUCCAACUGCAAUGCCCACUGUCAGCCAAGGGCGGUGAUACGCAGUCUGCACACCACCUCACCAUGCUACAGCAGCGACAUCGAUGAGCAGCCACACGAAAAGAAAAAGGCAGCUACAAAGGCACACUUCUUCCGCAAUGCAAAGUCCACUUCCUUCCUCGACAUACUCUCCGUCUCAGGCACUGCCGGCUCAGGAGGGGACGGGUGCGUCUCCUUUGCCCGAGCAAAGUACGUAGAAUACGGACCCCCAUCGGGCGGAUCAGGAGGGCCAGGCGGCUCCAUCUACAUCCGAGCAGUACCUUCUCUGCGCUCCCUCGCACGAGUCCCUUCGAGGAUACAGGCAGGAGAAGGUGGACUAGGAAAAGGAGAGUGGAGGGAUGGUCGCAGAGGCAGAGAUGUCACGCUGCAGGUGCCCGUGGGCACAGUCGUCAAGGUCUGGAGUAGAGGCGUCAGCAUGGAAGAGGGCGAAGCAGGUGCAAUGGCUGAGCGGAGAGAAAUUUAUGAAGGUCAAUUGCUCAAGAGGCUGGGAAGGGGGAAGCGCUUAAAGCGACUCAAGGGCGUGCAGAUGCCUGGGGAUCCAGAGCCAGACCAAGAGGUUGACGAAGCAGCAGAGGAAAGCGCCGAAGAGGAGGACCACUUCGAAGACGCAACUCCUGCUUCGAGAACACAGCGCGACUAUGUCCAAGAGGAGGAAGAGUCACUCGAGCGUCGUCAGAUGCUCAACUCCGUCUGGCGCCACUACCCUGGCCAAGGGGGAGCAGUGGAAGGGCUGGGAGCCGACUCAAAGGACGAAGAGAAUCUCUACUCUCGAGAGGAAUUCCGCCUGGCCGAGGAGCGAUAUGCAAUCGCAUUGCGAAAGGAGCGCGCUGAAAGAGCAAAGGAGCAGGCGGACGAUCUAAGUGGGGGCAUAGAUAGCGCCUCAGAGGACUCGUCCCUCGACUCGGACGACGCUCAGCCUAUUUUCACCCUCGAUCUCUCGACACCGACGCCAGCAUCCUCAAUGGGUCACCUUCUAGCUUCAGGAGGCACAGCAGGCUUCGGCAAUCCUUACUUCCUCACCGGCAGUAAUCGCUCACCCAAAUUCGCUACCAGAGGUCGGCAGGGCGAAUUCAUCUCCCUCACGCUUGAGCUCAAGACUCCAGCAGACAUUGGCUUCAUCGGUCUACCCAACGCCGGCAAGAGCAGCCUUCUCCGAGCCUUGACGGGUGCGACGAGGAAGAGCGCUCAAGUCGGCGGGUGGGAGUUCACCACCUUGAGUCCCAAUGUGGGGGUGAUGCGUAUGAGUGGGGCAGCGGGAGAAGCGAGGACCCUAAUUGGUACGGGCUCUGAGCCCAUCCUCGACUCUAGGGUCGAAGACCUCCCCGCCUCUGCCGAAGAGGAAUACGGCCGCAGAUUUUCCAGCUCAAUUUUAGAAGGCGAAGACGGCAACGAGUCGCAGUACGUCCUCUCCGACCUCCCCGGCCUCAUCCUUGGCGCUUCUUCCAAUCGAGGGCUGGGUCACCAGUUCCUCCGGCACGCAGAGAGGUGUCUCGCCCUCCUGUACGUAGUAGACGUCUCCCCCUCCCGGCCAAACCCGUGGGAGGACCUGAUGGUUCUCAAGCGCGAGCUGGAAGGAUACAAGGAGGGGCUCAGCACUAAGAUCCGGGGCGUAGUGGCAAACAAGUGUGAUGUCCUUGGUCCUAGCCAGUCGCAGAGUCACGAUGACGCCGCAGCGGGGGAGGAGCCACAAAGAUUGACGGUAGACGAGGCGAGGGAGAAAUUGCGCUACCUUCAGCAGCGAGUCAGAGAGGACCACGGACAAGACUUGAAGGUCUUCCCCGUCAGCGCCAUGUGGCGACAGGGUGUGCAAGGGCUGGCGGCGCAAAUCGAAACGACGAUACGGGAGGAGAAGCGCAAGGAAGAAGAGAAGAAGGAGAGGGAGACGAGGGGUCUAUGA